CUACUUAAGGUCCGAGCACUAUUCUUUCUCUGCCACAUGCUUGACUAAAUGCCUUUGAGCACUUUACACUAUACUUACACUACCGCAGCCUCACACUACCGCAGACCGGCAGAGCGAGCAAACCAACUGUGGAGUCAUGGCAAACAGAAAUGUGUGUUUCAUCCUCAGCCUCGUCAUCUUCACCAGCUUUAUCCGCAGCACUGAGUCAGUGAGCUGCUGCCUGAGGUACACCAGGCGUCCGCUAUCACACCGCCGGCUGCUGGGUUACACCAUCCAGACCAUCAACAAUUCCUGUGACAUCAAUGCCAUUGUCUUCCACAUUCCAGGCAAGUUUGUGUGUGCCGACCCUUUAAUGAAAUGGACCCAGAGAGGGAUGAAAUAUGUGGAUGAAAGGAGGAAGAUGGCUCAGAUCGCUGAGAAAAGAAUUCGUGGCUCAGCAUAAAAAACUCAUCAAAACAGUUGACAUCUGCUGAAUAUAACACUCAUAUCUAACAUAAUUUAAUACUAGAAAAUAUAUUGAUGCUCUUGUUCUUUUUUUACUUUAAAUUUAAAUGAAUUAAUGUAACAAGGAAUAUGAUACGGUUUUGUGUGUUACAUUUUCUUAUUUGUGUUCUGUUUCAUAAACAGGGAAGAGUAGUAGCUGAAGCUACAGCCCAUCAUUACAGAAUGUGGGCCAUUUUUAUCGUACAUAUGAAUAUUAAAUAUAUAAAUUUAUUCAAACAGA